UUAAAAAUUGCGACUUUCCUUACCUUCUUUAACAGUAUCUGGAACAGAGGCUCCGUUGGCAUCGCCUAUACUGAUAACAAUCAGAUGGUAGGCUGCGUUCUCGGAGGUGGAACUGUAGUGAAUGCUACUCUCUGGUGGAAACCAAACCUGUCGGAUUGGAACAUCAAUUUCCCUGCUGAGUGGAAGACAGCGGACAUCGCAAACGCUACCAGCCAGGUGUUCUCCCGUAUCCCAGAAACUGACCAUUCUUCCAUGGACGGCAAACGAUCCCUUCAAGACGGUUUCAAUUUGAUCAGGAAUGAUCUAUCAGCUUCGGGGUGGAAGGAGGUGACAGCCAACGAUGUCCCAGCUGAAAAGAAUCGCACCUUCGCCCACACACCACAUAUGUUCUCCGGUGGAGAGCGUGGUGGCCCACCGGCUACCUAUAUUGUUUCUGCCAACCCGUACCAACUUCCAUCUAUGGCUGAACACGAGUGUGGAGAGAAUGUCGGAAAGAGCUUGAACGACCACUUCAACACCGAUAUCGUUGUCUCCCAUCCGAAUGUUAGCUACUAUGAUCGGCCAGCAGCAUGGCUCACACCAAUCUUACAGGAUCAGCAAAUGUAUCUUCAAAAUCGUUCAGGACCCCUCGCUCAAGCGGCUCUUAACAUCGGCUCGAUCUUCUGGGAAGAAAUCAUGGGUCCCGAUGGCAUCGUUCGUCAUGCAAUGGCAAGAACGAGUUGGGAGUAG